CCUCUUCAUGUCUUUCCCUCAGCAGCAGUUUGUUCUGUUUGACUCUCGGAGGGGAAAAAAACCACUUGAUUGAAACUUUUUCCCGCUUGUCUGUCUCCGUCCAGGCGGGGUGAGGUCGAUGGAUUAGAGGCGCAGCAGCUGCGGAGAAAUGGGGUGUGUGUGUGUUUGGUUGGUGUGUGUGUGCGUGCUGAGUGUGUGCGUGGAUGCUCACAGCGGAUUGGACAGAAGUGACCACGCCCACAUGGACCACCAGCACCACCAUCCCGGAGCAGCGUCCGCCCUCUCCUCUCCAGACCUGUGUGCGAUCGAUCCGCCGCUCUGCCAGGACGAGACGUCCGUCCUGAGCUUCGAGGCGAUCUGCAGCAUCCACAAGCUGAUGGACGACGACGCCGACGGCACGGUGGACACGGCCGAGACGGACGAGUUCCUCCGGGAGGACCUGAAGUAUCACGACCCCAAACCCAAACACAGCAGCUUCCACCGGGCCGACCUGCACAUCAGCGUGGAGGACAUGUGGAACGCCUGGAAGAGCUCUGAAGUGUACAACUGGACGGAGCAGCAGGUGGAGGACUGGCUGGUGCUCAGCGUGGAGCUCCCCCAGUACGCCGAGACCUUCAGGAGACAGCAGCUGGACGGCCGGGCGCUCCCCAGACUGGCGGUGAAGAACACCACCCUGACCGUGUCCCUGCUGAAGAUGCUGGACCGGAGCCACUCUCAGAAGCUGCAGCUCAAAGCUCUGGACAUCGUGCUGUUCGGCCCGCCUCCAGGCCGGCAGAACCGCUGGAAGGACCUGGUUCUGGGCGCGUCGGUCCUGAUGGCGCUGGGCGGGUGCUGGUUCGCCUACACCCAGACCAGGAAGUCCAGAGACGACCUGGGGAAGCUGAUGAAGGACCUGGAGGGUCUGCAGAGGGCCGAGCAGAGCCUCCUGGACCUGCAGGAGAAGCUGCUGCAGGCGCAGGAGGAGCAGCGCAGCGUCCAGGUGGAGAAGGUCAAGGUUGAGAAGGAGCUGAGGUCCGAGAUCAACUCGGCCAAGCAGGAGGCUCAGCGGCUCCGGGAGCUGAGAGAGGGAACCGAGAACGAGCGCAGCCGGCAGAAGUAUGCCGAGGAGGAGCUGGAGCAGGUCCGCACGGCGCUGAAGAAGGCGGAGCGGGAACUGGAGUCGCGGGCCCACUGGGCGCCGCCGGACGCCCUGCAGAAGUGGCUGCAGCUGACGCAUGAGGUGGAGGUCCAGUACUACAACACCAAAAAACAGAGCGCAGAGCGGCAGCUGCUGCAGGCCAGGGAAGGGGCAGAGAAGAUCAAGAAGAAGAGGAGUUCUCUGUUCGGCACGUUUCACGUGGCUCACAGCUCCUCGUUGGAUGACGUUGACCAUAAGAUCCUCUCUGCCAAACAGGCCCUGGCUGAAGUGACGGCGGCGCUGAGGGAGAAGCUGCACCGCUGGCAGCAGAUCGAGUCGCUGACGGGCCUCUGUCUGGUCAACAACCCGGGUCUGGGGGCGCUGGCUGCCACCCUCAACCUGGACCCGUCCUUCCUCGGCCUGCGACCUCCGACCCCGCAGCACCUCCUCCUGUCGGACGACCUGGACGACAUGGACGAGGACAUCCUGUCUCCCGGGACUCUGCAGUACGCAGCGUGGCAGAUGGACCGGAGAGUCAGCGACCUCUGGCCCCUGAGUGCCAUCGCCGACACCCAGUCGCCAUGGAAACAGUCUGCUCCCACCCUGAUGCCCCUGCGACAGAGGACAGGAGACCCCGCGCUGGCGUUCAGCUCUCAGAGGGACAUUUUGAACCGAUCAGAUUCGGACUCCGCCCUCCCGCUGUCUCACAGCGAAUCACGUGGCCUGUACAGCUCCAAGCCCCACCCCCUCUCCUCCAGGCUCCUCCCCCUGCAGGGCGCCGGCUCCGCGCUGGGCGGCGGCGGUCUGGAGAAGAGCUCCAGCCUCGGGGAGCUGAGGGGAAGUCCCUCCAUGCUCAGCGCCACCUGCUCCACCCGCUCCCUCUACGUCACGUCGGACGGCGCCGCCGGCGACGGCCCGACCGGCUUCUCCUCCUCCAGCUCGUCGGGCAGCGGCCGGGGGGCGGGGCUCCAGCCACCGGCCAGGAGGAGCCCCGUGGAGGAUGACGGAGGCGAGGAGAGCGAGUCGUCCGGGAGCCGCCGGAGAAUCGUUUUCAACAAGAUCUUCAAGAAGAAGCAAGGCCGCCACUGAGCCGCCGCUGCCGUGGAGCCGCCGCCGCCGCGCUGAUCCAGGCUUUUCACCACACCCCCCAAGUUUACCGCCGCACCCUGUUGCUCGCCAGGCGGACGCCGCUGUGGCCCCUGAGGGACCGUGCACCUGGCUCUUAAAGGGACAGGCCCGUUUCUCCCUCCUCAAGCUGCUGAACUGGACUCAGCCGCACUUCCAGCGGCUCGCCGGCAGGAGGCGCCACUUUAAACUUCAUUACAUCAGUGUUUUUAAAAUGUGUGACUGUUUCUGUCGGAGGCGAACCGACCUCACGGUACCGGACAGCCGAGCUGCAGCCGGCGGUGCUCUGCAGCCUGACUGUGAUGCAUGAUGGGAACUGAGCCAUUUCCCGUGUUUGUGGGGGAGUUUAGGACAUUUUGACGUGGUGUUUAGCGUUUGAAGAGGUGUUGUCACGUCCCACCCAGCUGUCUGGUUUGAUUGUAGUUGUUUUUCUUGAAAAACACUUUCUAAUAAAUGUUAAGUUAACGUGCA